AUGAGUUAUCUCAUUCAAUAUGCCACCGAGGCCGAUGCGCCCGCACUGGCCCGCAUCAACACGCAGAGCUUCCAGAAUCGCCGUCUGCUGGCCGAGGUGUUCCCGCAGACCAGUGCAUCCACGCUUCAGGACUAUAAGGCGAUCGUCGCCAUGAAACAUCUGGCCAACCCCCAAAUGCAUGUUCUGAAAGUGACUGACGGAGAGAUUGCUGGCUACGCACGCUGGCUCAUCCCAGAGGCCUUGGGGUUUGGACAGACACUACCCGUGCUGAGCGAGCAGGCUGCCCUGGCCGCCAAAGACCCCGUCCCGUUUGCGCCGCGACCGAUGAACGAGGACAUCUACAGUGCUUUCAAGGGUCUGUUAGAGGCUGCACGCAAGCGACACACCACGGACCAGGACAUGGUUCUCGACCUGCUCGGCACCUUGCCCGCAUAUCAAGGACGCGGGGUCGGCUCAGCGCUGUUGAACUGGGGCACGCAAAAGGCAGACGCCUGGAAAAAGCGCAUCUACCUCGAGGCCACGCCCGAGGGAGAGUCUAUCUACCGCAAGCACGGGUGGAAGCCCGUGGAGGUACUCACCAUGGACUUUGCGCCUUUUGGGGGUGUGGGAGGAGAGACGUUCCUGGUGAUGAUCCGGGAUCCAGUGUCAUAA